AUGUCGGAUCCUCCUAAUAUGAGUUUACCUAAAGAAGGGCCCAUUGACACUGAUGUCAAACCUGAUACAGGCGCCCGACGUGCUUCCGGUACCGCCAGGCGGUCGCGUCGUAAGAAGGAUGAGGAUCCCGAUCCAAAGAAGAACAAGGAACCCAAAGAGGCUAAAGAAAAACCGGCCCGAGCUCCUCGUCGCCCAAGAGAGAAAUCAAACACUGCUUCACGGAAAAAGCCCAAACUGGAGCCCGCGGCAGACGAAACGAGGGCUCCGUUAGACGCCCGAAGCCCUCCAUACGCCCCUACAACGCCUCAACCUGUUCAGCCCACCCAACCUGGUCAGCCUACUCAACAUACACAAAUAUCUCAACCUCAACCCCCUCAACCCCCUCAACCCCCUCAACCUCCUCAACUUCCUCAGGCUCCUCACCCUCCUCAAUCUGCUCCAACUGCUUACACAAAUCCACGCCCUCCUCCGGCUUCGGGAGCUUCGUAUCACCUGUCGCAACACACUCGCCCACAAUCGCAAUCGCAACCCCCAGUGCCACAACCACCACCUCAACGAACUAGCGGACAAAACUUCGACCCUAUUCGCUCUGCGUUUGACAAUCCAUCUCCAGCACCGUCAUACAGUCCUUCUGCUCGUGCAGUUUCUCCUCGCAAUGCUUAUCGUGCCAGUGCAUCACCGGCGAUCUCAAGCAUUAUCGACCCGCCAGCCCAGAACUCUCAACAAAUAUACAAUCCGCUCCAGCGCUCCUCCUCUGGCCAUGUAUCCGGCCUCUCUUCACCGGCACCGCCUGCGAUGGUUCCCACACCCUCACAUACGCCCUUAGCACCGUCGCCCCUUCCCAUUCCCUCUACUUCUCGUGGAGCCAUGCAAAUCCCGCAGGCCAUAUCUCAGUCCGCCCCCUACACCACCCCAUACCCACCUACUGAACAGCGGCCAACGCCAUCACAAACUCCGAAACAUGAACCGUCUCCGCCAGCGAUCCGGCAGCCUCAACCUCCUGCGCAACCCGAACCCGCUGUGCAGUCCCCUCCGUCCAAACAGCAACCAGCCGAAUCAAUGGAAAUCGACAAAGAGCAGUCCGCAGCCAAUGCCAAGAAGGAAAAGAGCACAGCUACUGCGCCGGCAUCAAAAGCCUCAUCUCCCAAGCCAGCUCGACCCGCCAAAGAAGCCCCCCAUCUGCCUCAAGGGUCUGGCUUGAUCACAAACGCGCUGUUCGGCGGGGAUGAUUCUUCAAAGUCGCCUGACUCGCGUAGCACACCCAACAUCAUCGUUCAUGUUCCGCUACAAAAGGGCAACCAGAUUGUCAACUUUGCACGGCUUGCAGAAGAGCAGUAUGGCUUCGCUGCCUUGCACCCUCGUCUGGCCGCUCAUAAAGCGCGCAUGGCUCGUGUGGCAGCUGCCGGGGCCGCAUUAGAACGAAAUGAUAAGAAUACCAAAGGAAUCUCUGCCGGCGAGAGUGCCGACGAGGACCUGAGCCUUGAUGCGGAACGCGAUAGUGAUAUGGAUGGCGACGUUCCCAUGGGCGGCACUGGGGCGGGAACCAACGGUGCGCCCUCGGAGGCUAGCGAUGGAAAGAAGAAGCGACGUAAGAAGGUUGAAGAAUAUGACCGUGAUGAUCCGUUUGUGGAUGACACCGAAAUGGUGUGGCAGGAACAGGCUGCUGCCAGCAAGGAUGGAUUCUUUGUCUACAGCGGGCCACUAGUCCCUGAGGGAGAGAAGGUUCAGGUGGAACGCGCUGACGGUACAAUCAAACGUGGCCGUGGCCGCGGGCGAGGAACAGGUCGGGGUCGGACCGUGACCUCACACCCACACGUUCCUAUUGCAGCUGCCGUGCCCGUCUCCCAAGAUACUGGCCUACCAUUGCGCGGACCCGGCUCUCGGGGUGGCACCUCACGCCGCCCGCGGGGCAACAAGAAGACCGAUGGUGGCAGCGACCGCGCUGCCACUACUGCAUCCGCUGCCCAUGAAAGUCGUGGUGGCCGUGGUGGCGGCACUGGGAACACUGGCCGCGGUGGAAGUAACAGUACUCGAGGUGGAAAGUCGUCUGUAUCAAUCCCGAUGCAGGAUCUUGCUCCUGCGCCAUCGACCCCGGGUGUUGGCCAUGCACCCCCUGGUCCCAGUCAACUAGCUGGGCCAGAACUCAUGAUGAAAUAG